AUGCUCACCUCCUCAACAACCAUCGUCCACCAAAAGGCUUCUGGCCCCAUCUCACCCAUCAAUGGAUACGGACCUGCCGCAAGCCUGCACCACCCAGCCCUGGAAUCCAACUUAUCGUCCCAGCCCCAGUCUCCACCGCACGCUUCGCCAACUGCCGUCAACAACAGUAACACGAACACCAGUGUACUCGCCCCAGAAUUGAUGCCACAGGGCACCUUACCCGCAGUCCUUGGACCGACUAUAUCCCAUCAAGAGUCGUAUGGAUCUUUGCCACUGCGGACGAAACGUCCACAACCCCAGGAGCAGGAACAUGUCCAAAGGCGCCAGUCGACCCUUUUGUAUUUCCAGCCCAAGGAUUCCGAUCGCAGGCCAUCCUGUGAGGAUCUGUCCCAAGGCUUGUUGACCCCAGAGGACAGCAACGACCAAGAUAACAACAUGACAACAACAGCACCAAUGAUGAUAGCGUUUGAGCCGAUGGACCGGCACCAACAGGAUAUGACCCAACUCCAUCAUCAUCAUAACAAUCAUCAGCAAGAACACCAAGAAGACAAGAAACUAGUCGUACGGCUCGACCUAAGGAAACUGGGCACCAAUGGCACAGAUGUCCGUCCCUCCAGCAAAAAAAUAUCCAGUCAUCGCCAUUCGAUACGGAAGAAGUCACUGGAAGGGCCUGCGUCGACUCUCUCCACUGGUGGUCAGCCCACUCUUAGUGCCCACUCAUGGGCUCAUGCCAAGUCAGUACAAAACGGAUCUCACAACGACUCUCUAGCCCUGGACCGACCCAUCGACCCUCUUCAGGAACAGCAGCCACAACCACCGACCGAAGCCUCUGUACCGGAUGACACUUUGGUGCAGGAAGCGGGCAAGGACACAUCGUUAUUGCAGCCACUCAUUGCCACUACCGCCAACGUUGUCGGAGCCAAUACCACGAUAACAAGGACAAGUACACCAGAUUCGGAACUCCGAGGAGAUUUGCAGAACGAGGGCGAUCCGGACUGUGUCGCCACGAGUUCACGGUCGAUGAAGCGUUCCAACUCAUCAGGGUCAUGGACAGACCAGACCACCAAGAAGCGGACAAGGAGCUCCAACCAAGGCGGCGCCAAGAAGAAAAAGGUCAUGGAAGAACGGAGACCUCAGCAGGAGAGCCAACAUCAGGAAGGGCCGGCUCUGAAGAAAAAAGGAUCUCUUAAGCAGAUGGCCAAGGCUUCCUCAGCACCGUCGGCACUAGCACCAGCACUAGCACCAACAGUACCGGUAGUGACACCAGUAGAUCAACCAAAGGAUGACACCCACACUGGAGACGACACCACAGUCGAUCCGCCUAUCGAUCCCAUGGCGCUACCGGAUGAAUGGAACUGUAACGAGUGUCAAGCUAUCAAGUACCCUCCCAAGCCGAAUCCAAAAGGAAUAUUUAAGCAGCUCCUGGAUAACAUCAACAAGACCAGCCCAAAGGCCUUUGCUCUUCCAUCCGACAUCAAAUCAUUUUUCAAAGGAGUGGUUGCAAACAGCGAUGGCGAGUACGAGGAUGCGGUGGACUACAAACCGAGGCCGAAGCGGGCAGCGGCAACAGCGAAUUCAGCACCUGUUAUCAAGGCAGAUUCAGAAGCCUUGCAGCUGCAUGAUUCUCAAGGACGGAUCCGACUUUGUUUCCAAUGCGGAAUGAGUGCGCUGAGGGACCGUUUUAUGAUAUCAUGCGACCACUGCCCUUUGCACUGGCACUUGGAUUGCUUAUCUCCUCCAAUGGCCUGUCCACCUCCCAGCACCAACAAAUGGAUGUGUCCCAACCACGCCGACCACGUUAUGCCCCGCAGGAGGAAAAGAAAGGAUGCGACAGUGGUUGAACUGAAAGACCCACAGGCGGCGAACGACGGAAUGAUUGAGGUGAUACCCGACCCAGAGUCGAGUAACGUGCCGAUAUGGAACCAAGAUACCAGCGCUAUCCUCUUCAGAGUCCCAGAACGCAACAUCAAACAUAGCUUUGUUGAAAAGUGCCAACGGAUACGAGACCAACAGCAGCAGGAACAGCAAAAGCAACAGCUACAGAAAGCACUUUCAGUCACUCAAGUCUCAGCUGGUUCCGCGUCCAUUGCUGUCCAACCGUUUGACCUGCUUAUUGCAGCCGCCAUGGCGGAUGAUCGUGUAUCGGGUGCUUCAUUACAGUCUUCAGUAGCGUCAUCGUCAUCCACUUCCAAGGAUAUGGACGUGGAUAUGGAAGAAAAGCAUCGGCUCCAGGAGACAGUACUGGGUCGGAUGACGGAUCCAGCAGAGAGACAGGAGUAUCAGCGAUUCCGAGCAUUCCAGCGGUAUCUGAAGGAGCUGGGAUCUGAAGACGCGAUGAAGCGAUGGCUUGAGCAGCAGGAGCGCGAGAAGGAAGAGAUCGCCAAGCAAAGCCUCUUGGGACUCUUUUAA